AACCAACUGAGCCCCUCAGGCGCCUGUGGCUCUAGUUUUCAAACCUCCUAAGAAAAGCAACUGGGAGGGGAACCCAGAUUGGACCCUACUUUCUACCACUUGAUGCUGAUGAUCAGCCCUCAGGGUUGGGCUGCGGAGUUCUGGGUACGAAGAACUUGCUUUACGCUCUGUGUAGUGGGGAGGGCUCUGCAUAUCACGAAUCCACCCCAAAACCUUCAAAGCAGGCUGUGUAUCCCCAUUUCACAGACUGGGAAGCCGGCUUGCGGGAGGAGGUCUGCACCCAGGCUGUCUGAUGACAAAGGCUGAGCUGGGAUGUGUCCUCUCCUCCCCGCCCCCGCCCUCCCCGUCUAGGCAGAGAACUUCCUGCGGACCAUGGAGACCUGGAGCCGACCGCUGGGCUUCCAGCCUGGGGAGGUGGGUGCCUGGGCCCUGGAGGAGGGAGGGGACCAGCUCAGAGCUGCCCCUCACACCCCUGGGCUUUGCAGUACAGACGAGCCUGGGCACCUCUGGGGAGCAGGCCGACCUGGACUCCUGGGGGUGCCGACCAGCCCUGAGGCUUCCCCGCACCCAGUGGCCGAGACCCCCACAGCCCCCCGGGUUCCAGGGGCCACCCUUCGAAGAUGUCCUGGCUGCAAGGUCCUCAGACUGGCUCCGGCAGCCCUGCGGAACCGAUGCCGCCCCCAUCUGCCAGCCGGACACACAGCCCACCUGGGACUCUGAGCCCCGGUUUUGGCAGGAUGUUCUGACCGAGCAACUCUGGCAGAUCUUUGCGGGGACCCACAAGAAGGACCGGCUGCGACGCAGGAUGACAGAGCAGACGCCAGGCCUGGAGAGCCAGGACCCAGGACCACACGACUUGGGACUGGAACCAAGCAAAAACACUUUGGUGCCCAGCCGACCCGCGCCCUCCCCCAGCUCCCCCGAGGGCUCCCAAGAAGGGAGCGCAGAGCCAGGCCCGGACGCAGAGGGGAUGCUCUCCCCCGAUGUGGCCCAGGAACCUGCUGGGAGAGCCUAUCCGUUCCUGAAGCCCAUAUGCUGGGACCCUGAGGACUUCGAAGACAUGUGCAAGAGACCAGAUGCCUUGCCCUGGCAAUCCAAGAAGGCAGCCAUCCCACAUGGAGUGGAGAAGGUGCGGACGCUAAAGCAUGGGGAGCCGGUGCUGGCCACGGCCGUCAGCAGCUUCACGCGACACGCGUUCACCUGUGGCCGGGGCGGCGUCAAAGUGUGGAGCCUGGUGGGCCAGGGGCUAGAGGACCAGUAUCCUGAGAGCCACCUGCGUGUACAGACCCACCAGGCCUACCUGCGCACCUGCCUGCUGGCCCCGACCAGCACAGCCCUGCUGACGGGCGGCCACAACCUGGCCAGUGUGAGCGUGUGGGACCUGACUGCGCCCUCCCUACGUGUGAGCGACGAGCUGCCCUGUGCAGGCCUCACCUGCCAGGCCCUGGCCUUCGGCCCCGAGGACACCCUGGCCUUCGCUGGCUUCACGGACGGCACAGUCAGGAUCUGGGACCUGCGGGACCGGAGCGUUGUCAGGGACCUGCAGGGUGCCCCAAAUGGAGCCAAGAGCAUUGCUAUCAAAGACCAGAACAUCUGGACGGGAGGCCUGGACACCUACCUGCGGUGCUGGGACCUGAGGACCCCCGGGGAGCCCCUGGAAUACCAAUUCGAGUCUCAGAUAAUGAGCCUGUCCCCCAGUCCCCGGGAGGAUUGGGUUCUGGUGGGCACAGCCAAUGGCCAACAGUGGCUGCAGCCCACCCGAGGGGGCCAGAAGCACAUGGUGGGGUGUAAGGACAGCACCAUCCUGGGUCUCAAGUUCUCUCCGCUCGGCCAGUGGUGGGUGAGCGUUGGGAUGGACGACCUGGUCAGCAUCUACGGCAUGCCCGCGGGGACCAUGGUGUUCCAGGUACCUGAGACCUCUCCCAUCCUGUGCUGUGAUGUGUCCCCCAACAACCGCCUGGUCAUCACAGGGUCCAAGGACCACGCCUCCGUGUACCAGAUCACCUACUGAGGGGCUUGGCAUGGUCGUCCUGACUCAGGAUCAUUUUU